GUACGACAAUUAAAACUGGCGGGCAACCUGGCUCGGUCUCCCGUGGCGGUGGGUGGUAGCGGCGGAGGCGGUGGACGCGGCGGUGGUGGUGGAGGAGGGGGUGGAAGUGGUAGCAGCGGCGGUGGUUCCGGUGGCGGCGAGGCUAGAGUGGCCGUGGGAAAUGUCUCCGGUCAGAACGGUCCACAGAUAAUCGAGUGGGAGGAGGCGGAUCGUUACUCCUUCGAGGACUCGGAUCGUUUCGAGGAGGAUUCUUUAUGCAGCUGGAGCAGCGAGCCGGAAUCGUUGUGCAAUAACUGGAGGGGAUGGCGGCGACCAACCACCGGUUUCACCACCAUCAAGAAGCCAACGGAAGCAGAUGCACAAACGGUACCAACGCUGUGCGAGCUGGCGGCGCGUUGCGUCGCCUCGCAUAUCCCGUUCGAGCUGGUGGAACACGUUUACCCGCCGGUACCCGAACAGUUGCAGCUCAGGAUAGCCUUUUGGAGUUUUCCGGACAACGAGGAGGACAUCAGGCUUUAUUCUUGCCUGGCAAAUGGCAGCGCGGACGAGUUCCAGCGCGGCGAGCAAGUGUUCCGCUCGAGGUGCGUCAAGGAUCCCUUGCAAAUCGGAUUCCACCUGAGCGCCACCGUAAUAUCUCAAGGGAUGAUGAACGGCGUUAGAACGCAGUUCAAGGUCGCAGUGACGUUUGAUCGUCGAAAAAUUACGUCCUGUAAUUGCACCUGCUCUUCGAGGGCUAAUUGGUGCGCCCAUGUGGUUGCCGUUUGCCUCCACAGGAUACACAUGCCGACACAGGUGUGCCUGAGAGCUCCGGUCAGCGAAUCGUUGUCCCGUCUUCACCGGGAACAACUGCAAAAGUUCGCUCAGUAUCUGAUCAGCGAGUUACCGCAGCAGUUUCUGCCCACUGCUCAACGUCUCCUGGACGAGCUGUUGUCGGUUCAACCAAGCGCCAUCAACAGUUACUGCGGAGCACCUGAUCCAACGGCUGGAGCAUCGGCACACGAUCAAACCUCCUGGUACCUCGACGAGAAGACUCUGCACGACAACAUCAAGAAGAUACUCAUCAAGUUCUGCGUACCAGCUCCGAUAGUCUUCAGUCGACGUCAAACAUUUCGGUUGCUCGAGGUCAUUCCCUCUACUAAGGGCCACGGCAAAAGCGAUGUUAAUUACCUGAGCACCACUGCGCCUCCUGCAGCUGCCGAAUGGUCCUCGCUGUUGCGACCGUUGCGAGGACGCGAGCCGGAAGGCAUGUGGAACCUUCUGUCGAUAGUGCGCGAGAUGUUCAAGAGGACCGAUCGGAACGCGAUUCCGUUGUUGGAGAUCAUCACCGAGGAGUGCAUGGCCUGCGAGCAGAUCCUCGUCUGGUGGUUCAACACGAAGGUAGCGUUGCUGAACGGGACCGGAUACGGUGGUAAACACAAUAUGAACAGCAACGUGCACGCGUCCCAACAUGCCUGCUCGUCUUUGUGCGACGAGAUCGUAGUCCUAUGGAGACUGGCCGCUUUGAAUCCCGGCCUGUCGCCGGCUGAACGCGAGAUGCUUCACGGUCAGUUCACUGCCUGGCACAUGAAAGUCAUCGAUAAGGUGACGAAAAGUCGAGGCAGUUCAGUGACGCACAAUUCGCACAACAGAAACAACAGCGGUGGUCACAAGGAUUCAUUGAAGAACGACCUGGCCGUGUUCACCGGUUUCAAGUCCGCCCUGGAAGCGUGUUAUCUGGACUGGGAAGAGUACACCUUACCAGGUAUCACGUACACCGCCGGAAGCAAUCCCAUGUAUCAUUGUCCGUUCACCUGUUUUCGGCAUGCCGGCGAUACGAGGACCGAGGUGAAUCAGGUGAACUCGAGCGCAGCAGUGUUAAAUUGUCAACCACCUGUGUCCCACCAUCAUGGAAGACGACCGUUGAGUUUGGGCCUGGUGGAGUUCAGUUGGCGAGAGAUCCCGCGAAAGGGUCCAGGAAUGUCGUCGAGGAACGGCGGUGGCGACGGGAAUCGGAGUAGCGUCAGUUCGGAAGGUUUUUGCGAGAACGAGACCGAUAUGCCCGAUAUACCCGAGCCUCAGGUAGUCCUCGUCAGACGUUCUUGCGCUCAACUGAACAAUUGCGGGGACACGGAUUCGCAGGAGGGUGGUGGCAGCGAGUCGUCCUCCAACAGCAACGUUAGUCUGAAGAACGCUCAAGACUCGGACAAGCACCGCUCAAACGCCUCGUCCGAGACCCAUAGUGAUAGUAGCGAUAGUAGUAAUAACAAAGCUGCCUGCGGUUCAAAGAGCGAGCAGGAGUCCGACCAAGAGAAGGAUCCCUCCAGAAGGCCCUCCAAGGACGAAAGUUCUUCGUCCAGCAGCGAUAGCCCGUCUGGCGACGAGUAUCAUGUAUAUUAUUACGAUCCAAAGGCGGUCGCAGGUACCAGUGGCAGCUCUAACAAAGAUUCCAAGAACGAAUCGCAAGCAAACACCGCGCCAAACGCGAGCAUGGUGUUGGGUAACUUAAUGAAGACAGAGGACCCGUGGGACAUACUGUUCGCCAGAGCGGAAGGACUUUACGCCCAUGGGCACACGAGAGAAGCUUGCAUCUUGGGUGUUCAACUUGGCGAGGAGUUGCUGGCUAAUCCACCGAAUCUUAUGAUCGACGAGCCACCGGCGCCUGUCAAGGGGAAAAAGAAGAAGCAACAAGUAAAUCCGGCGUCCCAUCAGCUCACGUGCCUUGCGUCCGCCACGUUAGCCAAGUGUUGUUUCCUCUGCACGGUCCUCGCUGAGAAUCCUGAAUAUCACAAUUUGGCCUUCAGGGUCGGUCUGUUCGGCCUGGAAAUGGCUAGACCGCCUGCUAAUACCAAACCUUUGGAGGUAAAAUUAGCUCACCAAGAAAGCGAAUUGGUUGGGCUUUUGAAAAGAAUUCCACUCGGUCCAGCGGAAUUGGCCAUGGUUCGACAAAGAGCCGAGCAACUGAGAGACGGGGUUCUCAGGUCCAGGGGUCACGCGUUGCUUCCCAUCAUGCUGGCUAGUUUCAUAUUCGACGCCCUAAAUGCACCAAGACUAAAACGACUGUCCUCAGGCAUUGACGAGAAUCUUGGGUUCGACGCGGCGGUCGCUGCUUUGGGGUUGAAAGCGAACGUGAGCGAGGCUGACCAUCCGCUUCUUUGCGAAGGCACUCGACGACAGAGAGGUGACUUGGCUAUCACGUUGCUUGUCCAUUACAAGGACGAGCCAACGAAGGUUGCCAGAAUAAUGGACAAAUUAUUGGAUCGCGAUGUUCAUCAGUUAAUCAAAUCGCCAAUUUUGAGCAGUUAUUACACUUCCAAUCCUCCAACGAAGAAUGAGAUGGCAAGAUAUCUUCACGACGAAGAGUGUUCCUCUCCUCUCGCCGGAACGGAUCCAGGAAAUGGUGACAGCGUUGUUGGUACCAGCAGCAGACCGCAUAGUAGCACCAGCGCGGAAUUGGAAACUGGCAUGAGUGCGCUCACGGUGCAACCGCAAAUCGUUCAGCAACCUGUGCCUACUAGAACUAAAGAAACAAGAUACAAGAGCAAAAGGGUAUAUCCAUCGAUUCCCAACCAGCCAUCCGAAGCAGGAGCACACUUCAUGUGCGAGUUAGCAAAGACGGUUCUAGCGAAAGCUGGCGGCAACAGUUCCACUUCGCUGUUCACUCAGGCAUCCACGAGCCAGAAUCACCACGGACCUCAUAGAGCCUUGCACAUGUGCGCCUUUCAGCUCGGUCUAUACGCCCUCGGCCUCCACAACUGCGUUACUCCAAAUUGGCUGAGUCGCACUUAUUCGAGCCACGUGUCCUGGAUCACCGGCCAGGCGAUGGAAAUCGGAGCUCCGGCCAUUUGGUUCCUCAUAGAAAGUUGGGAAGGGCAUCUGACACCACCGGAGGCUGUCAGCAUAGCCGACAAAUCGUCCAGGGGCAGUGACCCCAACAUGGUUCGGGCGGCCGCUGAACUCGCUUUGUCCUGUUUACCACACGCUCACGCGCUCAAUCCGAAUGAAGUUCAGAGAGCGAUUUUGCAGUGCAAAGAGCAGAGCGACCUUAUGUUGGAAAAGGCUUGCAUCACUGUGGAGAAUACCGCGAAAGGAGGCGGUGUAUAUCCGGAAGUACUUUUCCAGGUUGCAAAGUAUUGGUAUGAACUGUAUCUCAGGCACACUCCUGGUGGAGAACAGCAAGACAACAUGCCGCACGAUUCUUUGCAAUUGGAUCUCAAUGGAGUGCUUUUAGUAGAGCCGGGACCAUCGGUGGAUAUAUCUAAUGGUCAGAUGAUGCCAGGACCGGCUCAAGCAGUGGUGGUUACAAGCACUCAACCACCUCCUCAACCAUAUCCUACGCAUCCGACUAUAACUACCCUGGCACCAUUGGGGGUUGGUAUGCCGUACGCAGUGGGCCCCUACAGUUUUGUACAUCCCCAUCACUCGAUUCCUACGUUCGGUGGACCGAUGCCUUCGCACAGGGUAACUCUACCACCAGCACCACCGCACAUGCAAAUGUAUCAUGCGGCAUUCCCGCCUCAUCCGGGUCAUCCGCAGCAUCCUCAACAUCCGCACCAUCCGUCACAACCCACGCAACCACCAUCUCUGCCGCAAUACUACACACCGCAACCCCCACCACCACCGGGGACUCAUCAUUUGUUCACCAUGCAACAGCCUAUACAAGUUAAUGUCCAAGCGGGUGUAACCGGUCCUAUACCCGGUCAGAGCAACAUGCCCGGAUCAGCGUUGGUUCAGACACAGCCCAUAAUAUCCACCGUAAGAACUCAGCCGCAGGUGCAUAGGCAAACUCAACCCUUCAGCCAACAACAGCUACGAUCUCUCGUGGCGGCGUAUCGCGUUGGCAUGUUGGCAUUAGAGACUCUAGCUCGCCGGGUGCACGAUGACAGACCCCAGGCGAAAUACGCGCGGAAUCCGCCGUACGGCGAAGACGUGAAGUGGUUGUUGAGAGUGUCCAAACGUCUCGGUACUCAGUAUCUUCAUCAGCUUUGUAUCUGCACCGUGAACAGCAUCAUUAGCCCUUUCGUUCUUCACGACGUUGCACUGGAAGCGGCGGUCUACCUAGCUAGAAACAAUCCAGCUCUCGUGUUGCAACACUUGAGAUCCGCUCCGUUGGCACCCCUUGUGCACAAGUGUCAACAAAUGUACAUUCAGUGCAUGCACCAGAAGCUGUAUCACCUGACAGGAGGGGACUACGAGGACUUUGUGAACAUUGUAUGCGAAGCGAAGGCAGCGUUUCACAUUACACCAGAGGGGCAUGCUCAAUUCAAGGAUUGGCUUCAGUCCAUUAAAAGAUCUCAAUCCUGUAACAAAGAUCUCUGGGCACAAAUCAACGCGGCCCUCCAACAGAACGGCAAAUGACACAGAGCGGAGCCAGGCGUGACGUGGCUCACCUCCCUUCCUCAUCCUCCACCACCCCCGCCACCUCCUCCACCGACGACGACAACAACCCUAGUGCUUCAACAUCAGCAUCCCUGUCAUCCUCAUCCACAGAGCGUCGUAUGCGUUCACGGGCUGGCUACCCUCGACAAGCUGGAACAGGAUCUCCAUAACGUUCAUCGUCGACGUACCACCGUCGCCUCAACAGUGGCAUCGUUUACCAACGAUCAUCGGACCAUCAAGCUUAGGAACGGCCGAUAAUUAAUUAACUUCUGAUAGAAGAAACAAGCGGAUCGAUCCCACUGAGCGAGACAUAAUUCUGUGUUUAGUUAAUCUGUCUGAAAGUUUUGAGCGAAAGAGAAACGGCGAGGGAGUAUCGAGCGUGAGGAUCAGCGAGAAAGAGAGAAGAGGAGAGAUAGAUUCUGAGCGUUUGUGUGCGCGCGUGAGAGCGAGAGAGAAAGAGAGAGAGAGAGAGGGUAGAGAGAGUUAGUAUGACUAUUCUUUUAAUUAAGGAACGUGCAGGUUUUGCAAAUUACACUUUAUCGUCACCGACCGUAUCUUGGAAGAUCGAGAAGCGAUAAAUCAUUCAGACGGAUCGUGUCGCGUACGUCGAUCGCUAUUCAAGUUGGUUUUCUGUUUUUUUUUUUCUUCUUCAAUGAGAAGCAAGUUGCAUUGGAAUCGAAGAAUCAAAAAAAUUUCAGGUUUCUCUGGACUCGAGCGAUCGCCAUCGGUAAUUCUGCAAGGAGAAUCAUAUAGUUGGUUCGACACACGGAAACCAUUUUCACUUUUCUUCUUCUUUUCUUAUAUACUUUUUUUUUUGUCUUCUUCUACUGGUUUUCGUUAAGACCCUAAGAUUGAAACAUCUUUAGCUACGAUUAGAUAGGAAAUUUUAUUUUUCAUUCAUAGAUAGGAUGAAUUCUCGCGUCUGUUAUUUUAUUUUUGUAAACAAUUAAGCAAAUUUUUAAAAUAUCGAUCAUACACAUCUAUAUAUAUAUAUAUAUAUAAAUAUAUAAAAGGGAUGACGAUAAGGUCAGAUUCGUAUAAGUGAUAAAUUACUUAAAUAACGUUGAUGAAAAAUUUUUAUAGAAGUGAAACAUUUUUACUUUCCUAAAAUGACGAUCGACCUCGUCCACCACCACCAUCACAAUCAUCAAUAACAAUGACAACAGCACCGCCCUUCCAACAAAUUUUUGUCUCCUUUUCAUUUUAUUUUGCUAUGCGAUUAUAUUUUAGUUCUUAUUCCUUUCUCUCUUUACUACUUCUUCUUCGUGUAUCUUUCAUUUUUCUUUUUUCCUUUUUUUUUUUUAAUUAUAUUGUAGGCGUAUAUUAUACCACGUUCGCAAGCAUAUUCUCGUUUCUUUGUCAUUAACGACAAUCCAUAAACGAAACAUGAUCUCUGUAAUUUUUAAAUUAAAAUAAUUUGAAGAACGAAUAAAGCAAAAUUAUAGCUGA